GCCGUUUCAUGCCACUAGUAAUUUGUUUUUAAUUAUUUAUUUAUUGAAUUUUAUCCUCUAGAAUAACCAAUUUUAUUUAUUAGAAUAACUAAUUUGUUUCACGUCCCUUGUGUUAAGUAAAAAAAAACAACAAAAAAAUGAAUAAAUUACCACCAGCAGAGAUAAGACUUAUAGAAUCUGAAGCAUGCUCCUCGAGGGACCAGCAUGUUAGUUCGAACCCCUCGGAACACAGAGAAUUGAGACUUACGCGAACCAUACAAAAUUACAAUGUAGUUUUGCCAUUGUCGAGAGACUCACCCUUGCAAUCAAGUGCGGCCAACCCUGAGGAAAUAUCAACCCUUGUUCACCUUGUAUCAGGUGUCCCAUCGAAAUGUGUAUUCAAUAGAAAAAUCAAAGUAAAUCAUGAGCAAGGAGAGUGGAUUUUCAAGAACGAAGAAGAAACUGAAACAAGACAUGUUGCAUGGUGUGGUAGCCCUAUUAGAGAAAUUACAAGAAAUGAUGGAAACAAUCAUAGAUUAGAGAAGAACCCUCCUAGUCCUGACAGACGCGGUCAUUUGAAAAAAAAGUAUUGUUCAUAUUGCGGCAACAGAAGAUCCAGAUCACCAUCUUGUUCAGAAAACCAUUAUAGAAGUAAUUAAAAUUAUAUAAGAAAAAUAUACAUUAUUAUUUGUACUAUAAAAAAUUAAAAUAGGAACUUUUCUCUUAGUCUAAUGGCAGGAAUGAUGAAUUCUGUGUUGGUUGUUAAUCGUGUACUCGAACACUUCUCCCUGGCAGUAAAAGCAAGAGCCGCAAGGUCUGUGGCGUACCAUGUCGCCCUUAAAAUGGGUCUUGAGGCCUGUUACUGUUGGUGCAAAAAACAAGUUGCACUGCUGACAAUGGUAGUACUGUUCCCGUUGGUACUGUAAGGCUACAGCUUCGUCCUCAGGCUUGAACCUCGGAUGGAUAGCGUCGAAUUCCGUACGAGAUUCCUUUUUGAUGAAUUUUUCGUUUAUUUCUUUUGGGUUUUUCGACAUUGUUGUGUUAUUAUUUUAUUGUGGGUUUAGGC